GUGACCCACAUAGAAGUAGAUUUGCGUGAAGAAAACGCUGAAUAAAUAACUCAAAAGUGUUAAAUUAAUAAUAAUAAUAAAAAACUUAACAAUGUUGCGUUCGUUGAUAGGAGCACAGAAAUGUUUAUGCCUGGCCAACAGGUCAUUUAACAAGGUGCAAUCCAAAAUACGUUUAAACGAUGUUUCUGCCGUGGCUUCAAUGUUGUCUGUGCGUCAUUAUUCCCCGCCCACGCACAUUAAGCGAUCUGCGGUUCCGAACGAAUCCGGCACAAUGGCAGAGGUGAAGCUGGAGAUGAUGAAGCGUUUGGGCUUGGAACCAGGCUAUCAGCCAUUGCCCAAGUCGCGUGAACAUUUGCUUAAAUACCAGCCAAAGCUGGAGGAUCUGCCGGCUCGAGCUAUGCAGGAUUCGUUCACCUCAGCCAUCAUACCACUCAGCACGGAUCGUUCGCUGCAGGACAAGUAUGUGACGUUUUUGGGUAAUGUGCGCAUGGGCAGACUCCUCGAGGACAUGGACAUGUUUGCUGCCUGGUGCUGCCACAAGCAUUUGACGGUGCCACAGUUGCCAACGGAUGUACACUUGCCGUAUACCUUUGUAACGAUACUCGUGGAUCGCAUUGACUUCACCAAAACGCUGGCAUCCGGCACCGAGGACAUACGCCUCUCUGGACAUGUGUCCUGGGUGGGCACCAGCUCCUUGGAGGUGGUCGUUUGGCUCGAACAGAUGCAAAACGGCAGCUACCAGAAGCUGACUCGCGCCCUGUUCCUUAUGGCAGCUCGGAAUGCGACCAACACUGCGGCGGCUCCAGUGAAUCCCAUUCAACCGGCCAAUGACGAGGAGCAGGUGAUUCUUGCUGGCGGCAAGGAUCGAAAAAAGAUGCGUCAAUUGCUUUGCGCCCAAUCCAUCUUCAAAGUGGAACCAAAUGAUCCCGAGCAGACGUUGAUGUAUGAGCUAUAUAAGCGAACGACGCCAAGUGACACCAUGGAGCUGAACAAGCGCAUAUUGCCUCCAAACUGCCGCUGGAUGUCAGACUCUUAUCAAAUGAGUACCAUACCAUCCUUUCCCGAGCAUCGGAAUCAUCACAAUCGUGUAUUUGGCGGAUUCCUCAUGCGCACUGCCCUCGAGAUCAGCUGGGCAGCUGCCAUGCUCUACUGCAAGACGCGUCCCAAGCUGGAGCACAUUGCCGACAUUAGCUUCGAGAAGCCGGUGAGCGUGGAUUCAUUCAUUAAGAUGAAUGCCUAUGUGGUGUACACCAAACUGAACUAUGUGCAGAUCAUGACGGUGGCUGAAGUUCUGGACACGCACACUGGCAACCAGGUGACCACCAAUACCUUUUAUUACACGUUCUCGGCACCACACACCGUCACCGAAGUGCUGCCACGUUCCUAUCACGAGACCAUGUGGUACAUUCAGGGACGUCGCAAGUUCGAAUACAGCAUGGGUCUCAAGGCCAAUUGAAUUCCCUUGAAGAUUGCCCAAACAUAAUGAUAAUUACAUGCUGAGGCUAUGAUAAGAGGUGCUCUUCUGAAGAAA